GAAAAGUUUCAAAUCCGGAGGACUGAAAUCGCGGGAGGAGCCAGCACCGCGCCUUUAGGAAGCCCCGUUCAGUACAGACGUUGCAGUUCUAACCACAACCCAUUUGGAUCAUAACCGCCUAAUCAAAGGUUACAUAUGAAGACAAUUGGCAAACUAUGAAGAACACUUCCAAGAAGAACAGUAAUUUCAAAGUUCCUGGUACGGAGUUGAAUUCCUCGGAUGCUGAAAGGGGAAAAAGAGAGAAUCAAAGUAACUUUGUUGAACUGCUGCCCCUGGAAGUCACUUCUAAAAUUUUCAGCCAGCUAGACCUUCAGAGUUUAUGCAGAGCUUCCAGGACAUGCACAAGUUGGAACCGUGCAAUAAGAAACAAUGACUCCUUAUGGAAACCCCACUGCUUGACCAUAAGAGCUGUGUGCCAAAGAGAAAUAGAUGAUGAUGUAGAAAGUGGUUAUACCUGGAGGGUAAUACUCCUAAGAAAUUACCAGAAGAGCAAAGUGAAAUACGAGUGGCUAAGUGGCAGAUACAGCAACAUUCGUUCUCCUGUUAGCCUGCCAGAAAAGGCUAUGUGCCCCAUGGAUGCAGAUACAUGGGGGGAAAUUCUAGAUGCAGAACUGGAAAGAGAAGUUGAAAAAUAGCAAUAGUUUGAUGUCGCGUGAUCAAAAUUACUCAGACUACAAGAGACUUUUUGAAAUCUGAUAAUGGCCUUCUUAGCCUUUUAAAUAUUUAACAUUUAAAAGAAAACAAAGUUGAACAUGAAGCUUUGUUUGUAUUUUGCACUCAAGUUAAAAAAUUUUUCUGGUCUUAUACUACGGGGAAAUCAUGAAAUGUUAUUUUUAUAAGAAAUAAUAGACUGGUAGAAUGAUUUUGAAAUGUAUUGCUCCAUGUAUUUAUGUUAGAAUAUUGCAUUACUUUAAGUGAUAGAAUUUAUUGUUGUUUUCUAUUUAAACCUUCAAGAAUUUAGGGGAUUUUUGAAGAAAUUUAUUUAAAGAUUCAUUAUAAAUAAGUACAGAUAUAUAUUUAGAGGGGGAAUACCAAAGUGAAUAGUUGCAAUAUAUUUAAAUUGAUAAUAAAUUUACAUGUUAAUAACUUAAUAGUUUCCACUACAGUGGAAAAGAUUGAAUUGUCAAAUACUGAAACUAUUUUAAAAUGUGUUAAACAUAUAGUUUAUUUAAACUUGAUCUAAUCUUGGGCUCUCAGAUUAAUGUUUUCAUUUUUUUUCUACAAACCUGAGAUUAGUCUCAAAGACUGAGAAUGUGUGGAACAUUUCAGAACAUUUAAUGACUGUUAGAACCACUAAAGGCUUUAUUUACCUUAGUCAAACUCUUUCCAGCACUUGAUAGUGCCAUCUACUGUACUCUUAGAUGCUUCUCCUUACUAACAAGGAAAAAUUCUCAGAGCCCUAUUUGACUUCGUUAAAAUGUAUCUUUACAGGGAGGGACUUUUCCCCCCCAACUUUGUUUCCUUUUUUCAUAAAAGUAUAUUACAUAGCACAUUCCAUCUAUCAGGUUAUUCCACCUGAAUCUGAAUCAUAGUAAAAAGGUGUCUACAAAUAUGGUCAAAUAUAUGGGGUUUUCUGUAGCUGUGUUCCUUCCCUUUUACUGCUGUGAUUAAACA